UCCUCCACCUUUCCAACCUUUCGGGGUUAAUAAUCCUAAAACACCUUACUAACCCCGUUUUAGACGCUGUUAUCAUAGAUAAAUGGCACACUCACCAGCUGUUCUAGUGAAGGAUACAAUACAGGCGAUAGGUCAGGACAUCACAGAAACACGCCAAACGAUUUAUAUUGGGAUCGUAGGUUUCACAAUAUUGGUUUGGGACCACCUUGUCACCAGCGCAGAUGAGGUUGAAUUAAUCUGGCGAGGCCGCAAGGGGUUCCUUGUAUACUUGUUCCUACUGAACCGAUAUCUUACUCCUCUCGUCUUUAUCGUUAAUCUCGUUGCAUACACCCUACCUUCGUGGGGCUACACAAGUUGCCAGCAUUUUGUCCGAUACGAAGGGGCCACCACAGCUAUAGGUAUUGAGAUAGUUGGGUUAAUGAUGCUAGUGCGCGUCAUUGCCAUGUAUAAACGUCAAUGGGCUGCCAUUGGCCUGGCGGUAUUCUUAUGGAUGGCUUGGGUUGCAGUGACUGCAUGGCUAUUGGCACAUGGUGGACCCGUUAUCCACACAGACAAGAUUAAAUCUUGCACUAUGGUGUUCAAUUCUGGCAGUAUUGCUUCGGCUUCAGCUUGGUUGCCUCUCCUCUACGACACGUAUGUGUUUGGGUUGACGUUGAACCGCACGCUUCCUACGAUCCGCAAAAAACAAGCGGGGCAUGUUGUUCGUACUCUCUUCGCAGACGGACUACUGUACUACAGCGUUAUUUGCACCAUAAAUCUGGUAUUGACAAUCAUGAUCAUUAAAUCUCACGAGGGGGUGAAAAAUAUUGCCGCACAGCUUGAACUUCUCCUCACUGUCACAAUGAUGUCAAGGAUUACCCUGAACCUCAAGAAGCAAGCGGUUCAUGGACCUAGUCAUUCGCAAUUUGAAAUGGAAAGUAUUACUAUGUCUACGCGCCAUAACACCACAUCCACACCCGGAGGAGUUGUCGUUCUCAGCCGAUUGCGAUCACAUUCUGCCUCCUCCGCAGCGCGCGUUGAGUCGAGCAGCCGUGCGCGAUCUGGCUCGGCAAGUUCUAAUAUCUCCCAUACGCGAUCCAUUACUUUCGCAGAUAAUUCAUCGAUCUACCCCACUCGGCCUCGCUUGAGCACGAUAUUGUCCGUUACCGGUACUCCAACUACCCAAAGUCCCAUAUCUAGCAGUCCAGUUAGCGAGCAUGCGGACUGGCCUGCAACACCAAAUUAUGACCAGCGAAAUACUGUUGACAUUACAUGAUUUAUAUCCUAUCGAUUCUUUACCUAGUCUGUUACGAUAGAGUUGUAUGUACUAUAUUUAAACAGUUGAGCAGUUAAUGAAUGCAGAGUGUGUACUGACCUCCGGUCGGCGCAUGCACAGU